CAUGAAAUUAUAAUUUUUGGACAGCCACUGUGUCUAUCGAUCGCUCCUCUAUCUUCGGCUCUCCGGUCCGAAUUUCCAAAAUUUCUCUCACUACUGUGUGUUGCAGUUUCUAGAGAGAGAAAGAAGGCGUUCAGCUUAUAGCUCUUUUAUUUUUCCUUGGGAAAAAAAAAGAACUGAAAUUUUGAGCUUAAAAGCCAAUGAAAAUAAACAUAUUCGACCACAAAAUUUUGCCUUUUUUUGGGGGCUUCUUUUAAUUGAUGUCCAUUAAGCAAACGGCACGCCGUUUAUUUCAUUGUUCGUCUCUCCUCUUUGUGUGCAAAGAACCCUAAAGUCUCGCUUCCUCAGAUCACACACACUGUCAAGUUUGGUAAACACUUUUGGUGCUUCUGCUUGGGAGCCCUCUGGGUCUUUGGUGAUUGUACUUCUUUCAGCUGGAAGAUGACAAUUUGAGGCGUCAUUUGGAGUGAUCUGACUAAACACUUGUGUAUGGAUAGACCUACUUUUUACCCAAAAAAUUAGCUGAAAAGAUACAUACAUAAAUAUAUAUAUAUUUUAAUUUUUAAUGCCUGGUAACAAACUUGAAGAGGGGAUCUGCAAUGUAUAUGAGCUAGACAACUCUUCCCAGUGGCAUCUACCUCAAGCUGUUGGUGGCAAUUGGCCAGUAAUUGAUUUCAAUCAGUGGAUUGGAAAGCCAAGACCGAUUGGGGCACAGCAGAAUUUCAAUCUGAAGAACUACAACUUACAGCAAUUAGAUUCUGAGGAAGGAAAUAAUGUUGAGUUCCUACAUGUGGCAUUUGACAAAAGCUAUAUGCAAUUAAAUCCAACACCAGAGCAUUCCAAGAGUUUCAUCUUUAACAAUCAACUGAAUGCAAAUGAACUUUUGCAUGGAUGCCAGAACCUCCAGUCAAAUCAGAACCAGCCAGGUAUUUUCAGUGAAAGUACCUAUUAUGACCAGCAAACUUUGACUUCCAGAGGCUUUUCUAUUUUUAAAUCACAACCGGAAAAUGAGUGUGCAGACAGUCCCACCUUGACAACAAAUUCAGAAAGGUCAGAGAUCACCGAAGCUUCUAGCGAUUUCAACUAUUUUAGAGGACAGCAUCAAUUUGUGAGGGACCAGCAGCUGAGUGCUUCACAGCCUCAACCAAUGCAGCAGCCUGGUUUUAAUGAAAUUCAAUUGUUGCAGCAGCACAUAAUGUUCAAGCAGCUGCAAGAAUUUCAGAGACAGCAGCAGCUUCAGCAGCUAGGUGAUUUGAGGCAACACAGUUCCAUAAACCAGUUUUCUGCUAUUUCUAGACAGGAAGCUGGGGGUCAGUUUUCACCUCUCAUCAGUGGAACACCUGUUCAUGAUACAUCUCAAAUGCUUAGAAACUGGAUGCAUCGAGGUGCAUCUCCUGCUGCUCAAGGAGUAUCUGGUAAAGCUGUAUUCUCCCAAGAGCAAGAUCAAGCUUUAGGUUCUGCAGGUUUUGCUCCUCAUCAGCUUGAUGUCUCUCUAUAUGGAACUCCUAUUUCUAACACAAGAGGCAACAUGAGUCAAUAUUCUCAUCUCCAAGGACCAUCUCGUGAUUCUGUCAAUUUGUUGGCCAAGGCUACUGGUCAAGUACAAAAGUCUGUAAUGCAGUCUGCUGAGUUUGGUAAUCCCCUUUUAGGAGAUCAGCCUGCUGGUCCUUUAGAUCUGGUAGGCUUAUCCCAGGGAGCUUUAAUAUCUAAGCAGGAACUUCAGAUGAAAAAUAAUUUUGGACAAGUUCCUGUUCAGGGUUCAAAUAGUGGAGUUUUUCCAGGAAAUCUUCUGGAGUGUGAUACUCCACAGGGCAAUACAUCCGUGCAGGAAUUUAAUGGGAGACAAGAACAAGCUGAUUGGCCUUCAGUUCAGCAAACAAAACAACCUGGUAGUUCUCAGACUUUGGUUCCUCUAGAUCCAAUAGAAGCAAAGAUUUUGUACAACAUGGAUGACAACAUUUGGGAUGCUUUUGGAAGUCAACUGAAGGCGGAUGCUGGAGGCUUGGGCAACAGAUUGGAACAUCCAGACUCAUCUUAUGCAUUUCCUUCUAUUCAGAGUGGGAGCUGGAGUGCACUUAUGCAGUCUGCUGUGGCAGAGGCUUCUAGCAAUGAUACUGGAGUUCAGGAAGAGUGGAGUAGCUUGAGUUUUCAAAACACAGAUCCCUCGACUGAUAAUCCAAUUUCAAACUUCUUGGACAGCGAGAAGCAACAGACUGGCUGGGUUGAUAACAACUUGCAGAGUAGCUCCUCCUUCAGUUCAAAACCUUUUCCUAUUAUUAAUGAUACUGGCAUGAACUCAAGCUUCCCUGGCUUUCAGCAACCAGGAACCCAAUUAUUAGUUGAACAGAAAAGGGAUAAGGAUGGCUCUUACGAGUCCAUUGAGAAUUACAGCCCUCAGCAGAAGACAUCAAACGACGAUAGUCAGAAGGUUCAAACGUUUAUGCACUCAAAUAAUGCACGGCCUGGACAAAUGUUUGAGAACUCACAAAGUGUUCCACAGCAUCAGAAAGUAUCCUCAAGCGAUAUAGCUAUGGACAAGGGCAGUGAGAGCAUGGUAAAAAGUCAACCUCAAAUAAGUAAUGGCCCUCAUGUUGCACUUCGCUCUUAUGAGGAAGCCAAUGAAACACAAGAAAGGUUGCAGACUUGCCACCAAAGAGAAAAUUCCAAUGACUGCUCAAUAGGCUCGAGUGGUCAUGAUCAAGGAAAUCCUGAACAGUUAAAGUUUUUUGGUAAUAUUUCCAGCAGCUUAAUGAAUGUAGAUAAGGCAUUCUUACCUGAUUUUCAAAGGAAUUCAAGUGUAUCAGAGGAGGUGCCUUCUGGAGUUGAUCGUGUUUCUAAUGCAUCUAUGGCCUUUCAUAGAUCAGUUCUCCCUGAUGGUUCAAAUGUUUCUGCUCAGACAAGUGAACAUAUGCUUGAGCUGCUUCACAAGGUUGACCAAUCAAAGAAUGAUAGCUCCACAAAACAAUUUGGAUCUGUUGAUGGGAGUUUUUCAGCUGAAAUGCCUGGAGCAAAAUCACGUGAUACAUCUGUCUCUCAACUUUACACUCAGUCUUCUGCUUCCCAAGGUUUUGGUUUGAGGUUGGCCCCUCCAUCUCAAAGGAUGGCCAAUUCAAACAGUUCUCUCUUUCCUCCAGGUUUACCACAGACUAUAAACAAUCUGAAUUCUAGACAAGUUAAUCCUGAACUGGAAGAGAAAAAUCAAGCUUGGUCCUCAACUGCUUCACAUGAGCAGGCUCAAAGAGCACGUUGGGAAAACAAAUCUGGUCUGGGACAUAAAAGCUUCCAUCCAUAUGUGAAUAUGCUGGGAAACUCUGUUGCAUCAUUUUCACCUAGUACUCCACAAGCAAGAAAUCAACUUCAAAUGCGUCCCUUGUCCGAUAUACCUGUAUCAUCUCAAUCAUUGCAGACAAUCUUACCUAGCUUAACUGGCAGAUUCCCACCUUUUAACCAAGUCCCUUCUCAAGAUACUCUGCAACAGAUGCAAAAAAAUCCUGUCAGUCAAGAAUUUCCUGUUUUGGAGGCUGCCCCUGUAUCUCAGCCAUCAGUUAUGGCACAACAGGGUGAAAAUUUAGCAAGGCCAUACAAUGUAUGGAGAAAUGUACCAAGCCAGCGACAACCAUUUAAUAUGGAAUCUCUCAAGUUCUCCAAUUAUCCUUGCUCCAUGGAUCCAACAAAUAAUAAUACAAUAAUCACUUCAUUGGCUCCACAUGGGUCAAAUGAUCAAAAUCCCAUAGAAGGUGGAUAUACUUCAUUAGAAAUUGGUGCUUCUUCUAAUUCACAAGGCUUUGACCAAGGGGAAGAGCAUCUGAGAAAAGAGAUGUUGCAACAACAAAUAUCAUCUAAGAUGCAUGAUUCUUCUCAGCCAGGAGGUAUAUCUCAAGGACCUGAGCCUGUUUCUGAUGCAACUGUUCUCUCAUCUGGUUCAUUGAUGUCUCAUGCUCAGCAGCAGGAUCUUGAUAAAGUGACGCAUAGCAAUUACAUUGCACAAGCUUCUUCUGAAAGAAACAUUGAAUCCUUCAGCCAUUCUCAUAAUGACCUCCACAAUUACUCUCUUUUGCACCAAGUGCAGGCGAUGAAUAGUGGUGCAGUCAAGGCUUUGGAUGUUCAACAUGCUGCUGCUUUGGGGGGGCAGCAUUUAAAUGAUAUCAUUUCAAGGCUCAGACUCCCUGUGGAUGGCAAACCAAAUUCAACAUUACAAACCAGUUCAUUUUCAUCUGGCGAUAACCAAAUGCUUGGCUUCUCAGCAGAAGCAAGAGAUUGUCCAACUGUAAAAGCUCCUCAGCAACCUGCACUUCAGUCUAUAAAUUCUCGGGAAAUGGUCACAUUUGGUUAUAAUGACUCCCAUACCCAAUCUAAUCAUACAGAUCAUAACUAUGUUAAUCUGCAAAUGGAACCCUCCUGUUUUAAGCAAUAUGGAGCUCUUAGAAAUGGACAGAUGGUAUCAAUGUUUGAUGCUAGACUUGCAAAAGCUGUUGCUGCACAGUUCUCUCUUGGAAAGCCUUCUCAAAAUAUUCAGAGCUCUUUGGAACAGUUAGAUGCUGUUGUUGCUGGUCAGGGUGGCAGGGUUUGGCCAAGUAGUCAGCUGUUGUCAUCCCCAUAUAUGUUGCCUCCUGAAGUCACCAACCAAGUUGCUACUAUGAGACCAAAGAAGCGAAAAGUGUCACCUUCUGAGCUUCUACCAUGGCAUAAAGAGGUGACUCAUGAUUCCAAGAGGCUUCAAAAAAUCAGGAUCUUUUGCAGUAUGGCAGAACAAGACUGGGCGCAAGCCACAAACCGACUGACUGAGAAGGUGGAAGAUGAGGUUGAAAUGAUUGAUGAUUUGCAACCAAUGCAUCGAUCAAAGAGAAGGCUUAUAUUAACAACACAGCUCCUACAGCAAUUGUUUCAUCCUGCACCAUCAUCCAUUUUAUCUUUGGACUCUGCUUCAAGCUAUGAUAUCAUAUCAUACUUCAUUUCUAGGUUAUCACUGGGAGAUGUGUGUAGCCUUGCUUACUGCUUGAGAAAUGAGUUUCUUGCGCCUGUAAAGAACAGUAAUGUGGAUUCUGAAAAGGUAGAAAAUUCUGAAAGAAGUGGUAGUCAACAAUUUCUGGCGAUUGUGGAGAAGUCCAUUGAUAGAGCAAAGAAGCUGGAGAAUGACUUCCAAAGAUUGGACAAGACAGCAUCAAUUGUAGACAUAAGAGCGGAGUUUCAAGAGUUGGAAAGGUUUUCUGUCAUUAAUCGCUUUGCCAAGUUUCAUGUUCGGGGACAAAUUGGUGUCUCUUGUACUGGUUCCCUGAAACCAAUUCUGCAGAGACACAUCACAGCAUUUCCUAUGCCUCAAAAUCUACCUGAGGGGGUACAAUGUCUUUCACUAUGACUAUCAACUAUUUAUCACAGACUGACUCUCUUAUCUUCUGCAUUCUGCAUUCCAUAGGGUUACCUGUGCCCCUACCAAUACGACUCUUUAUUAACUUGAAACACUGGCAUGCAAGAAAGGAGCAAUGCAAAAUACGAUGGACAGAUAAACUCCAAGUAACCAAGGCCACAUAUUCAUUAUGAAUUAAGGCCAUUGAUUGUCAUUUUUGAGGAAGUAUAUAUUGUUUCUUGUAUAUGUUAGUGAAAUUCCAAGGAAAAUAGGGAGUAUUCAAAUUACUUUUUAUAGAGCAAGAGGAACAGUAUUGUGGAUGUUCUCUAGGGCUUGUUACAUAAAUUAGUUAAAUUUAGCUUUUAUAUAAUCAGUGGCUGCAAUUGUUUAGCAA